UCCUGUCGUGGAGCUCGGCGAGCUCGGUCAACGUCAGCGUCUGGAAAUAUCAACUCGGAAAUUUGGCAGAGGAUUAUGAAGAAGAUGUUUCUCACCUUCAGCCACGAUUCGGCAUCGAAAGCGUCCCCGAAGCCUACGGGCUCCUCCGCUACCUCCUGAGGAUAAAGUGAAACGGAUGAAAAUGGUGAUUGCUCUUCGAGGAUCUUCAGAAGCCGCUGAACGUCCGCCUCAGCGUUGAAUAUACUCUCUGAGAGAUACUGCGACUCCUUAAGCAACUCCAUUAUGUCUUCCGCAAAUUUGUUCCUCAUCACUGAUGACAUACGGUGAGUUUGUGAGUCAGCCAUCUCCGGAGGUGAUUCUCGCUCUCCCAGCACGUACUUCACGAAGUUUCGUAUCCGCUGAACAGCUGAUUAGUUAACACCUGUUCAUUCGCGCUUACGUAAUCACCGCAGCCCUCGCCUUGGGAUCCUUGGUCUCUCUUUGCAACCGAAGCUCGCCGUUCAACUUUUGGAGUUUUUGAGGGCAUUCGGGGCGGUUCCUUCUUCACUGCAGGCUUAGCAGCAGUGGGUGGGACUGAAGCAGAUUCGCGGUCUUAACAUCGACGAACUUUCUCAGGAAGAGGACCAGUAGUGGCAGCCACAGCAGCUGAAAAAUCGGAGGGUUUCGAUCAGCGAACAAUGCGAUAAACGCCCUGGCAUUCUCCUCUCGAAGAUGAGCAAGCAGUGGAUCAGGCCUCACGAUGUCGUCGUUAAGACCUGCAAGCGCGGGAAUAAAAUCCUGGCAUUUUCUCUAGGAGAAAUUCAAGACCUCGCCCGAUUUAUGAAAUUAGAAACAUCAGCCCACCGUGGGCCUGCAGCACCUGCUUCAAAGCCCUCGCCUCACUCUCAAGCUGCAGACGUUCCAUCCUCCAUUUCUUCAUCUGGCAUUUCAUCGAGGUCAGUUUCCGCAGGGCGUAAGAUAGGUCCGUUAUUUCCGCAUCCCUCCCACCCUCUCCCAGCGGAUUGUAGCUGCACCCGCAGGAUCCUUCGUUCGGAGGAUCACCUCCCGUCAUUUUCGGUGGGUCAGUGCAUCCGCAUUGACAUGUGCGACCCGCCAUCAUCCCGUUUCUCGUGCUUACAGCGAACAGCGUCUAUGUGAUAACAAACCCGUUAAAUGGAACUAUUGAGUGAAGCCCGACCGAAAUCAAAGAAGAGGAAACAUCUUGAUCAGUACAAAGCGCGUCCCGUCGUCUAAAGUUGAAGCGAAAGAAAAAUCUAGGAUCCAAAGAAUGUCCGGUGAGUGCGGACUGCACCCUGAUUUCACGAUGACGAGCAGUCAGGCGGUGGCAAUAGCGGCAUCGGCGACGCUGGGGCGGCUAAAUUUGCUGAUGCGGCAGGUGACCGAUUGGCAGGACGAGCGUUUGGCGCUCGAGAGCAAAGUGAUGCGGUUGAAAUCGGCUCUGCAGAGCCUCGGCGGGAACGUCGACGAAACCCUGAAGCUGGACCCGGUGGUUGUUCGUCAGAGAGAAGAGAUAGGAAGAUUAAGAUUGUCCGAAGAUCGACUGGGGGAGGAGAUCAGGCGACUGAGGGUAGCGCUCGUCGAAGCCGAGGAAGCCAUCACCUGCUCGGGGGCGAAGCGGCUGAAGGACAAGAUGGCGCGGGUGAGGGCAGCGGGGGCGGAGGAGAGGCGGAGGCUUAGCGAAGAAAUCGAAUACUUGAAGACACGCGUCAGGGAGGCGGAAGAGGACUCGUCCUGUUCGGCGUUGGGUCGGCUGCGUUCGAAGCUGAGGGAGAUCUUGAAUGGCGACAAGAUCGUCGAACGGUUUAUUGCCGACGUUGCUACCAGGGGCUGCGUCACUGUUGUCGACCUCCUGGGGGAGGCCACAAGGGUGAAGGAGACGCUCGACCAAUCGAUCGUCGAAAACAUCUGGCUCCGCGCCGAUAACCGAAGGCUGACUGCCGCCCUCGAAUCGGCCACCGAGACCGGCUGCUCCGGCUACCUGGAGACCAUAGAACGUCUCGGUUUUCGCGUCAAGGAACUCGAGCGGAGGAACAAAGAAUUGGAGGACGAUUCGCAGCUCGUUAAACGGCUCGGGGAACUCGAGGACGAGCUGAAUAUUAAACGGAUCGAGCUCGACGAUCGGGAGGCAUCGAUUAACGCUCUGAGAAACGAACUUCUUGGCGCUAAAACCGCGUACGAAAUUAAGGCAGGGGAGUUGGCUGAUAUUGAAUUCGACAAGGGGGAGCUGCGGAGGGUUAAUGAGGAGCGUGAACAACUCGAGCAACGAAUUGGAGAACUCCAGGAACGCAUCGAGAAGGCGGAUUUCAUCGCCAGAGAUGCGGAGGCCGUCAGAAAUGAGCUGAAUCGAGUCAAAUCCGAGGUACUUAGCCUCGAAAUUGAACGCGAUGCGCUUAUCGAAGAUAUUGAACAGAUGCGAAACAUCAUUUCGGACCGGAACGAACAGAUAGCAAGAAUUUUGGAAGACAACGAGCAGCGGGACAAAGCUAGAAAGUCUGAGAUCGAAGGCGUCAGGACAAAGCUGAGAAUCGCGUUGGCUGAAAAGAAAAAUCUUGUUUCCGGCUGUGGAAACGUCGAAGAUGAAAAGACAGGCAGAAUCGGUGAAGCUAGCGGCGACUCUAAGCCUCUCGGAAAGAAAAUAAGAGCACUUGAAGGGGAGCUGGUUAAACUGAAGGAGCUCUCGAUGGACCCGUUGAUAAAAAAUCUGGGUUCGACAGUCAGGCUUGAGAGGGAGCUCGCGGUCGAAAGAUCGACCAAGGAAAGUGUCAUCAAAGAAUCCGAGAGCUUGAAAGUGGAGAACGGUUGUCUAAGGUGUGAGAAAAAUGAGCUCGAGGUAAAAUUGGAGGAAUUUCGAGCGCAAACUACCGAGUUCAGAAACGAACUUGUUCGGCUGGUGGAAAAGAAUCAGCAGCUAGUGAUGGAGGUCGAUGAGCUCAAGGGCAUUGCGGAGAACGAAAUGAGGCUGAAGAAAAAACUGGUAAUAAUGCAAGACGAUAAUGAACAGCUUAAAAAAGACAUGCACGGACUGAAGUCGAACGAUUCUGUUGAGAUCAGAAUUCAACAGCUCGAUACUGAGUUGAGAAAACUGAAAACCGAACGUGAGGCGCUCAAAACUGAGUACAAAAAACUGGUAUCAGCAAACGAGACGUUGAAGAUUAAGCUCACAGAUCGAAAAACGAGAAAUGAUGAGCUCGAGGAGCGGCUGAAGGUGAAUUCCAGGGACUGUGACGCCCUUAGAGAAAAGUUAGCAGUGGUUGAAGACGAUCUUGAUGAAGCUAAGGAAGAAAUCGGCUCCUUGAGGACCAGCGCUGACCUCGUAAAGGGCGAAUUCGACGAUCUAAAGGCGCGAAAUGAGGUGCUGGUAGCAGAGGUGAAAAAGCUGCAUGCUGAGGCUGAAGAAGCGUCGAAGAAAGAGGAGGAAUCCAUUCGCACGAAGGAAUGGGACAAGGGAACCGUGGUUAUGGACUGCGGGGAUUACGUGCGAGCUGACAGAGAGAUGAAGUACUUUAUCCACCUUCAAAGUUUGGCAGUAAAACGAGUCGCAGAUUUCAUCAGCUAUGUAGAGGGCCAGACCAGUCUGAGGCCUGCAAUGGCGACAUUCUUAGAACCGACCUUCACCAACGUGAUGAUCCUCAAUGUCGACGAAAAUGUUAGGACAACCUUCAGGAUGUCGCAGAAACUUUCGGAGACGAUUUUCAAUGCUGAGAUCAGCGUUCAGCGCCUUGAAACUCUUCGAAAUGAGGCCGAUCACCUUAGGAAGGAACGCGACUGCCUAAAUAACGGCAUGGAAAAACUCAACAGCAUGCUCAGCAAACUGGGCCAAAACGUCUUGAUGCAGUCUCCUGAUCAUCGUCAUGUUGAGUUCUGCACAGCUUCCGGCACCGACAUGGAUCAGUGCUGGUCAAAAUCACGCAAUAACAUCCCCCGCGUCAUGGUGAGCUCACAAUCAUGCCAAAAUUCGGAGGACCAGGUUUACUAUCCAACCUUCGAAACCGAAGUGCUUUCGGAUUAUACGGGCGAAAAAUUUUGCACUAUGAACAAUCGAAUAUCGGACCUCCAGAGGGAGAUUAAAGCGAAACAACAAGAAGCUGCAGAGAGGCUUAUCGAAAUGCGAGAAACCAUGCGGCAAGAACGAAUGCGGCUAAUGGAGAUUGCGGACAGAGGUUCAUCCAGCGGUGUUCACUCACCUGCUCCUUCCAUCAUUUUAGAAGAAAUCUCGCAUCAAAACGAAUCGACUAACACACUCACUGGAUUAAAACAACCCAGCGUGGUGCAACGAAAUGCAAACGUGCUCUGUACUUCUGAAACGGCGGAUGUGAUUGGAAAAGCGGGAAACUCUCCACAGCCUUUCUCCUCGCGAAUGGACAGUCCAUUCAUCAACCACAUCGACCCUCUCGACCUGGUAUCUGGGAUCAGCGAUAGCUGGUGAGGUAUAACUAAAGGUACCUUCAGGAUGGCUCAUUUCGAAAGGAAAUUAAUCUACCGUGAACUAGCAGAAAGGAGAACUCGCAGGAAUUGCUGGAACAGCGUUUCCAGAAAUGGAUGUCGAAACGGUAACCAUGAAACACAAUCAACCCAGCAGCUGAAAUUCGGCGACUAAUUUGAUGACAACAUGAAGAUCUGAAUAAAACCAAUCUUACAUAUUUAUCUGAUGAAGUUUUUUAGAACAAUUUUUGUGUACGUGCUGAUAUGUAUAUAUAGCAAUAUAAGUUAUAGAAUUUCUUAAGGACUGUUUAUUUUCAAAUAAUAAAUAAGACAUUGAAACAUAUGUAAAACUAUAAAAGAUAGGUGUCUAUUAUAUCGGGGAAUACACAUUAACUUCUACAGAAAAGCGACAGCGCGGCGGCAAGCCGCUGAAAACAUAUCAGAUUUAAUCGAAUAAUCACAAAAUAUUUAGGAUAUUUAUCCUGAGGUGUUCUAUAAGUUGGAAAACACUUUCAAUUUUUUUUCGUAUAAUCUUACGAUAACUUGUAAGUUAAUUCAGGCUCUAUAUUGAUGUAAUUAUGCUAGAGAAAACUAUAUCUAUAACUAUAUAUAUAACGCUAAUAUCAAUUUAAAAUUGGAAAUAGAAUUGAUGGCGAGCUUUUCUAGCCGCCAUUUUAGUAGACCACAUUUUUUUCCGAGAACUGCAAUAUAAGACUAAAUACUAGGAUUAGUGCCUAGCUGCAAGAAAUAUCUUUCGGGUAUUUCGAGAGCGAUUCUCCAACCUUCAGCUCGGCCACACAGCAUUAUCUUUCUAAAUUAUAAUUUAUUACAGAUUUUGUUGCAAAUAGUACAAACAUACAUGUUCUGUUCAGCGGAAGCACGUCUAUGGGACUCUUGUGGACAAGGUUAUCGUCCAUGUGCUACUGCACGUUUCGAGAGUAAUUCUCAGGACUCAACCUUAAUUGUUAAUUCACUAAUUGAUAGUCCGAAUAGUGUGUGCUUCCGCGGACUAAGUUUAGUUGUAAUUUUGCAUGUUAAUGUAAAACCUUUAUUAAUCUAGAAAGAGAGAUACAAAUUUACAAACGACAAUCUAGAUAUAAAAAUCGUUCAGCAAAGAUGUUCUUGGUAUCGAUUAAUUUUACUAUUUUAUAUUAAUACAAUACACGUUUACUGAAGAGCGAAAACGAUUGAAUUUUACCACUUCUGCAGCUUCGCUGUAUUUGAAUAUAAAUUCUCUUGUCGACGCAACCUUUAUAUGAAUUCACACACCUUAGUAACUAAAAUUUUUUUCGUUGAGUUAAAUCACUUGAUUGUUUUCAUUCACUUCCGUAACCAAAUCACUUUCAGAAUAAAUGUUGUCUUUUACCACUUCAAU